CGUUAUGGUGCACAGAGGCAGAAGCAGUUCAGUGUUUUGCUUAGCAGGUUUAGCGGAUUAAAAAUAUCAAUCAUCCUGAUUUUAUUCAGUGGCAGUAUAUUAAUAAUAUUUGAAGAUGAGUUUAGCUGUAAGUCGAGAGCAGCGCAGUACGGCAGGAAACAGAAUGACGAAGAUCCUGCAGGAGGAAGAGGAGGAUGAGUUCUACACCACCACAUAUGGAGGAUUUAAUGACGAAUCGGGUGAUGAUGAGUACCGGGGCGAUCAUUCUGAUACGGAGGAUGAAGUUGACAGUGAUUUUGAUUUGGAUGAAGGCGAUGAACCGGACAGUGAACAGGAAGAGGAAGCACCACGGAGAAGGAGCCGCAUCCUCACUAAAGCAUACAGAGAGCCCCUGAAGGUUGUGAAGCCGAAAGUGAAGCGCACAUCAGAAGAACCCAAACAAACAGAAAAACCCAAAGCAGAAAAACGCUCUGCCCAUGACCUGCAUGAGUUUACAGAAAUGCGGAAGUCUGUGAGGAAAUCUACCAGUGAGCACACGAGAAAAACAUUUGAGCGGUUGCAGGAACGCCAGCAGGAAGCGCCACGCCGACGCCGAGUGCAGAGAGACCGACCACUUAGUCAGGAGGAACUGCUUAAAGAGGCUCAGCUCACUGCCCAGAGUAACCUACAGAGCCUGGAGAAUUAUGAGCGGCUGGAGGCGGAUAAGAAGAAGCAUGUGCAGAAGAAGAGGAGGUUUGAAGGACCAACAAUCCGCUAUCACUCUGUUCUCAUGGUGUCAGAACCAUCAUUUAAAGACGAGAACGUGGACGUAGAGGGGCUGGAUCAGGACAUGCCCCCCUCAGCUUCCUCUUCCUGUGCUGUGGUGUCAGGGACGGGCUCUCUCUGUUCACGCACAUUUAUUACUUUCAGUGAUGACGAAGCUUUUGAGGUGGCUUUUCCUCCAGCGGCUCGCACCAGCCCCACUCUCCCCGUUCAUGAAGUGUGUCCUGUUACUCACAAUCCCGCGCUAUACCGAGACCCUGUUACAGACAUCACAUACGCUGAUGCCCGGGCCUUUAGGAUCAUCCGAGAGGCUUACCGAAAAUACGUAGCUGCUCAUGGUUUUCCUAACGACACAACACAGCCACAAAAUGAACCCACUGGGGGCUCCAAGAGUAUACGGUUAAAGGGACUGACUGUAUAAACUAACACAUUUUCAAGUCCGUCCCAUAAGUAUUGGCUGCCUUGGUCAAGGUGAUGAUAAAAUAUCUGUUUAAUUAUGUUCACAGCAAUUAUAUGCGAGCAUUUAUAAUUACCACCUUCGUCUCAUCUAAUAAUAAAACCCGGUUUCUGUGAAAGUUUUGGAAAAAUAGUAAAUUUCACUUGCAUACAUUCGUAGUUAUAUAAAAAAAAUGCUCAUUAUUGAUUUUGGAGAAUAAGUAAACCCAAAAUAUUCUGCAAUUGUUUAGGCUUCAAGAAAUUCCUGGGGAAAAUGCUAAUAAUUUUGGAGCUCAUUAUAUCCACAGUUUUGUAAACUGAACUGUUGAAAAUGUUAUUGAAACUGCAAUUAAACAUGGUU